AUGAAGAGUCGCUUCUUUUCAUUCUUCAGAAACGCUCUGGAUGUGAAACGUCGAGGCAAUAAAGAAGCCGAUCUACAGCCUCCGUUGGACACAGAUUCAGCGGAUCCACAGCCGGGUCCAUCUCUUAAUGAUCCAAUGGAUUUUCUGGAUCUGACUGAUCUUCUUCCGUCAUUUCCAGAAUCUCCAGGUGCUGCUUCAAAGGAAAGAGAAGAUCCAUCCUGGUUAAGAGCCGUCUCUUGCCCGGGACCAUCUCCCCAAGCUUACAACAGGCCGGUUUGCAGUGGCUCUAAACCUAAACCUCUAAACCGUCUGUUGAAUCGGCCUCCGUUGAGCCCCUUUAUUGUGCACAUGCUGGAAUGGUUCGAGGAGGAAGAUCAGUACAUCCUCAUCCUCAUCCUGGAAUAUUCUGAGUCCUGCCGAGACCUGUACGGAUUCAUCCUCCAGGAAAAGCUGAGUGAAUCACAGGCACGUAGCUUGAUGUACCAAGCGGUGCUCGCAGCCAAGCACUGUCUUGACGGAGGCGUCUUCCACCGUGACAUCAAGCUAGACAACUACGUGAUCAACACGGCGACGAACCGGGUCCAACUGAUAGACUUUGGCUGCGGUGAAGUCGCCGAAAGUGGCAUUAAGGGGCAAUUCAUUGGAUUCGCCUGCCCUCCUGAAUAUUUUGCGGAUUUUGAAUAUGAGGCCGAGCCAACCACCGUCUGGUCUCUGGGGAUUAUGAUGCACAGAACGGUGUGCAGCUGUAACCCCCUGAGAAAGGAAGAUGGCCGCCUGAGUUUUGACUCCAGAGUCUCCGCAGAAUUUCAGGAGUUGAUCACAUGGUGCCUGGCUCUUAAUCCAUCUGAGAGAGCGACCAUGGAGGACAUCCUGCAGCACGAAUGGUUUCGGCAGGAACGAAUGUCCGGAGCCAUUUAGGAGUCAGGUAGUAUGACAUCAGAGGUAAGGCAGAUGAUGACAGAAAUUGUCCAAGCAGUGAUGUCAUGUGUUUCAACUUUUCCUCACAUUUAUCCAUUCAGCAGAUUCUCCAUGUCAGCCGGAGUGAGGAAAGAGCAGAGAGUCAGGGUCCUUCAGCUUAGUUUAAGGGCCCUGACACACCAAGGAGACGCUCGGCCAAAGUUGGGUCGCCGUUGAGCGU